CGGCAAUGCACAAAUUAUACAAUAUUCUUGGUUCCUCCUAAUUUCUUAUAAUUAAUCUCAUUGUUUAUUCCAACCCAAUUAUAUUGAUUGUGUUUAUCAAACUAGUUCCAUAUCCAAAAGUUCACUUUUAUUCUUUUUUACCCUGAACAUUGUGAUUCUUAAAAUUGUUAAUUGUCACGAUCGAAUCAGAACGUUGGCUCCCCAUUUGUUUGAGUACAGGAAGAAGGUUCGAUAGAUCUUUUCAAAUGGAUCAGUUAUCGUUUAUUAGUGAAGAAGCAGCUGAGAUUGAUGGACAAAUUACAGAUAUUUUUCGAACUCUAUCAAAUGGAUUCCAAAAGUUGGAGAAAGUUAAAGAUGCCAAUAGGAAAAGCAGGCAAUUGGAGGAGCUUACGGAUAAGAUGAGAGAAUGUAAAAGCCUCAUCAAGGAGUUUGACAGAGAAGUGAAGAGUUUGGAAAGCAGAACUGAUGCUGUGACAAAUAGAAUGCUAAGUGAGAAAAAACAGGCAAUGAUUAAGGAGUUAAAUUCUUAUGUUGCUCUGAAGAAGCAACAUAAUACUAAUCUUGAGAAGAAGAAAAUUGAUCUGUUUGAUGGGCCUAAUGAAGGGUUUCAUGAAGACAAUGUACUACUUGCUUCAACCAUGACAAAUGAACAACUAAUGGACCAUGGAAAUAAAAUGAUGGAUGAGACAGAUCAAGCAAUUGAAAGAGGCAGAAAAGUGGUUCAAGAAACCAUCAAUGUUGGAACAGAAACUGCUGCUUCUCUUAAAGCUCAAACGGAACAAAUGAGUAUGAUAGUCAACGAGUUGGAUUCCAUCCAUUUUUCAAUGAAGAGAGCUUCAAAAUUGGUGAAGGAAAUCGGUAGGCAGGUUGCAACUGACAAACUUAUUAUGGCAAUGCUCUUUCUUAUUGUCAUGGGAGUAGUCCUAAUCAUCAUCAUUAAGCUCGUGAAUCCCAAUAACAAGGAUAUCUCAGACAUUCCUGGGUUGCCUCCACCCGCACAAUCCCGCAAGUUGCUUUGGCAUACAAAUUAACUAACCAGAAAAAGGUUGUUGCGAUUGGAUCAAGAACGUGACCAUGACAAAUGAAUGGCUUUCUUUUCUGGAUACAUUGUCUAGGGUUUUAUUUCUAUGAUUACAUUGUCUAGGACGAUUUGAAGGUACAAAAUCCAUCAUGCUCGAGUUGAUUAUACUUAGUUGUGCCAAUUAAAAUAAAUCUCAUUAAGCAG